AUGCCUGGGCGGAACGCGAUUCCUGUGCGGGGCACUGGUGGCCCCAGUCGUGCACAGGGCCGUGACAACGCGGUCAACCAACCCUGGCGCAGCAGCCUGGAUCUGGUCUGGUCGUAUUCGCGCUCGCAGGCGUACUUUGGAGAUAACAUCACCACCUCGCCGAGCUUUGUCGAGCGGCACUGGCGCGGCCGUGUGCCCGAGGGCCAGGGCGACAUUGAGAGCGACGCGACGCCGCUCACCAGUGCCGACUCUGCGACGGAGGACGAGACGUCCGCGGACAAUGUCGAGUCGAGCGAUGACGAGGACGCAGCGCUGCACGCCCGCGUGCGCGAUCGCGGCGCGACCUCGCUCGAGACGCAAAAGUACUGGCACACGCUCGAACCCGAAGGGGACCUCGACCACAUCGAGACGGUGCGGGGCCGUCCCGGCUAUGCGGACCGCAACCACAACGCGCGGGCGUUUGUCAAGCGCCCCGCGUCGAACCGGAGCCACCACAGCGGGCGCAAGGCCGAGAACGAGUACGACGAGGGCCUCAGCGACGGCGACGUGGGCGAGGACUCGAGUCGCAGCCGCAGCCGCAGUCCUAAGCGGCUCGGCGGCGAGACGCCCAAGGGCCAGCGCCUCCUGAUGCCCUAUGGCAAGGACCGCGCGCCGAGCCGGCCACCGCGCGACUCGUCGCCGUACGGCGCACGGAAGCGGUCGCGGUCGCAGUACCGUACGCAGCUACGCGCCGCCGCGCCGCACCUGCGCGACCCGUAUCAUGUGGACGAGCGUGCGCCGCUGCUGCGCGGCCGCACGGCGCAGCCGGCGUACAGCACGAGCAGCCGCGGCGCGUCGCCGCCGGAGGAGCAGGAUGCGGAGCACGGCAAGAGCACGUUCUGGCAGACGUGGUUCAACGCGGUGAAUGUGCUCGUCGGCGUGAGCAUUCUCUCGAUGCCGCUCGCCUUUGCGUGUGCUGGCUGGCUCGGCGGCACGCUCCUCUUUUUAGCGUGUGGCUGGCUGACCAACUACAGCGGCAAGGUGCUCGCGGGGAUCCUCGCGCACCAGCCGCACCUGCAUACCUACGCCGACAUUGGCAGCUUCACCUUUGGCCCGAUGAUGCGCACCUACAUCAGCUUCCUCUUCUGCUUCGAGAUGUGGAUGGUGAGCGUUGCGCUGCUCAUCCUCAUGGGCGACAGCAUGACGGCGCUGAUCUAUGGUGCGGAUGAGCAAGGGCACGGCAUGGCGAACAUGCUGCUCAAAAUUGCGGGAACGGUCGUGGUGCUGCCCACGCUCUUCCUCCCCCUCAAGCUCCUCUCGCCCAUCUCGCUGGUGGGCAUUGUGAGCAUUCUUUUUUUGAUUGUUGUGAUCGUCACCGACGGUCUGUACAAGGCGCAUGCGCCUGGUUCUCUAUGGGACCCGAGCGCGACGAUUACCAUGCCCAACUGGCCGAAGCUGCCGCUAGCCUUUGGCCUGAUGAUGGCUGGGUUCUCGUCGCAUCCCGUUAUACCCUCUUUGUACCGCGACAUGCGCGAUCCGACGCAGUUCAACCGCAUGCUCGAUUUGGCCUACUUGACGACGGCGACCAUGUACCUCCUCGUCGGCGUCGUGGGCUACCUCAUGUUUGGCGGCGCCGUGUCGGACGAAGUGACGCGCGACCUCGCCACGACGCAAGGCUUUCCCUACCUGAUGACCUUUGCGGCGGUCGUUCUAAUGACCAUCAAUCCGAUGACCAAGUUUGCGCUAGCGCUGCGCCCGGUCAACUCGAUGCUCGAAAAGUGCUUUGGCGUGCUGGACGGCGUCGCGCUCCCCGCGACCCCGUCGCCGGCCGCCGACGACGAGGGGCACCAGAGCCUGAUCCAGAGCAUGUCGGGCGUCCAGGAAAUGGCUGAGCGCGACAUGGACGGCACGAUCGCCAAGACACGCUCCGCCCACCCGGCGCUGUUCGCCGGCGCGAUCCGCGUCGCGAUGGCCGCCACGGUGCUCUUUACUGCGAUCGUCGUCCCGAGCCUCGAGCGCAUCAUGGGCUUCCUCGGCGCGUUUCUCACCUUCAACUCGUGCAUCUUUGGGCCGCUGCUGGCGAAUAUGGUGCUGAACCGCACCGAAAUGCCGCAGUGGCUCCUGCUGCGCGACCUGUUUAUCCUCGCCGCGACCUUUGUUCUGGCGGUGAUGGGAACACUUAGCUCCCUCAUUCCUACCGUAUAG